GUUAAACUCAAUUCUCUAUAUAAUUUAUAUUCAUUCUCAAAUUUUGUUACUUUUACAGUCAAUAUAGUUGAUAAAGAAGUUUUUACUAAUUUAACUGAUGCCCUUAUUGUUGAACUCAUUCCACAAAUUGGAUUAAGAUAUAAAUUCUUAAAAGAAUAUAACAAUUUUAUGUCGAAAUAUAAUAAAUCGUGUUUUAUUAUUAAUAACGAAAGUAUUCAUAUAAUUGAAAACAAUAAUAAUGUAAAUCAUGAUGAUAGUUUAGAAGAGUCAAAUCUUUUGCUUGAAUCAACUAUCAGCGGUCUUAAUGAAGUUUUUAUUUCAAAUCUCAAUUCUAUUUCUAAUGAAAAAACAAUCUCUCCAAUUCCAAAAAAAAAAACUGCACCAACUUCAAAUCUUCCAACAUCGAAAAUUCCUAUUAUGCCUCUGUCUUCAACAUCAUCCAGAAACUCUCAAAAUGAAAUUAAACCUAUAUUAAAAUGUUUUCGUGGAAGGCUUAUUCUAGCAGAAUUUAAUCUUAAGAACACAAUAAACCGACGGUUACUCACUAGUGUAAUCAUUGAAUCAGAAUUAGAAAACAGUAAAAAAUUCAAGAUUACAGCUGAGAGAUUUAAAAAGUUGACAAAAGAUCUAGUAGAAUUAUUUCCUGAUGAAGAAGAAGACUUAUAUUAUACACCCUGGACAAAAGGCACAAAUGGUCCUAUUGGUGCUAGAGGACUUCUGUAUGAUAAAUAUAUCAAUCUGAGAAGAACUUUAUUUGAAUUAGAAAUCCUUACUUCUGAUUCUAAUAUAGAUCAACAUGAAAUAAGCAAUACAAACGAUAUUUUACCGUUGAGUGAUUCAUUAUUAUGGCUUAAAAAUCAUAUAGAACCAUUUAGUGAAGUGCUUUUAAAAUGGCAAGAAAGUUUUAAAGAAAGAUUGGCUUAUCAUACAGAACGAAUUGAUAUGUAUUUUAAUACAUUCAAUGUAUUGAAGACACCAUCUGCUUAUUUAUUGUUUGAAUCAGAUUUUAAACAAAUUCAUAAAGAGGCAGUUGAUAAAUUAAUUCUAAAAUGGCCAUCGGUUGCAAAAAAAAUUAUUAAUAUUAGUAAGAAACGAAAAGAUUAUCAAGUAUCGCAAUACCUCAAGACUAAUAAUAUAUUAUUGGCGAACGAUUCAGAUCUUGGUAAUAUUGAGAUUAUUGCCCUUGAAUUACUUCCAUUACUAUUGGGUACAAUAAACAAGAAAUCUAAAAAAUCAGGAAAACAUUGGAGACCAAAUAUAACUGACAUUAAGCAAUCAUUUCUUUUUCAUGCAGAGACUAUUGAUGAACUACAACCAUAUAUAGAAAGCAAAAUUAGGAUUUACAAGCAGCAUAAAUUGACUCUUCAGCCUUUUGUAGUCAUCAUUGGACUAUUAGAUAACAUCGAAAGUUCGUUUGUAGUAAUAAAUGAUCAGCGAUAUGUUUUACCUACCCCCUUAAAAGCAAUAGACACAUGUUUUAAAAUCAUACACGCAUUGAAUGCAACUUACUCAGUAGAGUGUGAACACGUUUGGGAAUUUCUAGAAAAAUACAUUUAUGAAGUUACAAAAAAAACUUCAUCAUUUACAUGUGUCAAUCGUCUUAUAAGUGAUUUAAAUAGAUAUAAAAAUUAAAUGUUAAAAGACUAUAAAUUAUAAUUUAUCACAUUC